CUCUCUCUCCCACUCCAUCUCUCUCUUUCUUUCUCUCUCUCACUCACUGUCUGUGUCCAGUUCAAGAGGAUGUUGAACAGGGAGCUGUCUCACCUGUCUGAGAUGAGUCGCUCAGGGAACCAGGUCUCUGAGUUCAUCUCCAGCACCUUCUUAGACAAGCAGCAUGAUGUGGAGAUGCCAUGUCCACAGACGCAGAAAGAGAGGACGGACAAGAAGAACGCCAAGCCCAUGUGUCAGAUCAGUGGCGUGAAGAAGCUGCAGCACAGCACUAGCCUCUCCAACUCUAAUAUACCUCGCUUCGGGGUCAAGACCGACACAGAGGACCAACUGGCUACGGAGCUUGAGGACAUCAAUAAAUGGGGCCUUAAUCUUUUUAAAGUCACCGAGCUUUCAGGAAACCGGCCUUUAACAGUCAUGAUGUACACAAUUUUCCAGGAAAGAGAUUUAUUAAAAACAUUCAAAAUACCAUUAGACACCUUUAUAACCUAUCUGAUGACUCUAGAAGACCAUUACCAUGGCGAUGUAGCCUAUCACAAUAACAUCCAUGCUGCUGAUGUCACCCAGUCCACUCAUGUGCUGCUGUCCACGCCUGCUCUAGAGGCUGUGUUCACAGACCUGGAAAUCCUAGCUGCCAUCUUUGCCAGUGCUAUUCAUGACGUCGACCACCCUGGGGUCUCCAACCAGUUUCUCAUCAGCACCAACUCGGAGCUGGCCCUCAUGUACAAUGACUCGUCAGUCCUAGAGAACCACCACCUGGCUGUAGGCUUCAAGCUGCUUCAGGAAGAGAACUGUGACAUCUUCCAGAACCUGACCAAGAAACAACGGCAGUCCCUCAGGAAGAUGGUCAUAGACAUGGUACUAGCUACUGACAUGUCCAAGCACAUGAAUCUCCUAGCUGACCUGAAGACCAUGGUGGAGACCAAGAAAGUCACCAGCUCUGGAGUGCUACUACUAGAUAAUUACAACGACAGAAUACAGGUCCUCCAGAACAUGGUGCAUUGUGCGGAUCUCAGUAACCCUACCAAGCCCCUGCAGCUGUACCGCCAGUGGACCGACCGCAUCAUGGAAGAGUUCUUCAGCCAGGGGGACAGGGAGAGGGAGAGAGGCAUGGAGAUCAGCCCCAUGUGUGACAAACACAACGCCUCUGUACAGAAGAGCCAGGUGGGGUUCAUCGACUACAUCGUCCACCCUCUGUGGGAGACCUGGGCUGAUCUGGUGCAUCCUGACGCUCAGGACAUCCUGGACACUCUGGAGGACAACAGGGAGUGGUACCAGAGCAUCAUCCCCCAGAGCCCCUCGCCCGCCCCGGACGAAGCCGACGACGGCAGCGGACGUCCCCCCGGAGGGGACAAGUUCCAGUUCGAGCUCACCCUGGAAGAAGACGGAGAGUCGGACACGGAGAAAGACAGUGGAAGUCAACCAGAAGAAGACGAGGAGAAUAGUUGUAACUCGAAAACGCUCUGCACGCAGGACUCGGAAUCCACGGAGAUCCCGUUGGACGAGCAGCCGGAAGAGGAGGUGGAGGAGGAGGAGGAGGAGGAGGUGGUAGUGGUAGAGGAGGUGGAGGAGAGUGAAGGGGUACGCAGGGAACCAAGUAUGGCGGAGUUGGAGGAGGAGGAUGAGGAGGGAGACGGGGAAGGGGAGGAGGGCGAGGAGAAGCAAAGAGCGGCCGAUACAUAGCAGUAGUGGAAACUGCGCGGGUUGCCAAACUGCGAGAGAGAGACUGUUGCGUUACAACGGCGAAUCAAGGGACGAGGUGAAUACUAGUAAUCGCCACAAUGUUGGUGAUGUGGCGUCAUCGAGAGUUCCAAAGCGCACAUUGCACUCCUCAAUCCCAGUCUUCUCCUCACUCCACUCCACCUGGAGGCGAUAUGGGGGCACAGACCCCACACCUCCCCCCAGGACUCCCUCCCUUGGAGCUCCACACUUUUACACUCAGGAAUAUUUUAGUCGACUUUCUUGCCUCCUUUUUUGUUUACCUUUUUGGUUCGUUCGGCCUAUAGGGAGCGAGGUGGCGCCUUGAGUUCAAAGGCCAAUCUCCACCUCCCGCCUCUCCUCUAUCUCCUACCACUUCCUGUCAAUGCAGGAAGUAAACAGAAAGUGUUCUUUGACUCCAAAACUGAGCACAUGGGCAACACCCAAGAUGCUUGGAACAGUCCUAACUGUAGCAUCAUGGGAGGACAGCCAGAUGGGGGAAAGAUGGAUUGCAAGGUGACCUCUGAACUGCAAGGUGACCCCAGUCCACUAAUACCAUCUGAAAAACCAAUGAGGGAUAUUAUAGGGAGAGACAGACAAAGACAUACUUUGCAAGAGGAUUUCAAAGAGACCUUUUUUUCUAAAGUUCAAGUCUUCCUUGAAACAAGACUGGUAGAAAACGCUGUUUUUGACUCCUCAGUUUUUGUAUUGUAGUAAAACUGAAAUCUUUUUGUAGAUAACUUUUGUUAAUGGAGAGAGUGAGAGAGAGAGAGACAGAGAGAGAGAGAGAGAGAGAGAGAGAGAGAAAAGAGCGGAGGAAGAUGUUCAAUUAAAUCUUCUUUGUCAUAUAUUGCAUCCAUUGAAACUUGAUUUUUUUUUUAGAAGAGAUAUGUUAUGCCAUAAAAUAAUGCGUGUGGUCUUUCUGAGAAUGUGUGCUUGUCCUGAGUGGAUGUGACUAAGCUCUCUAUACUCAGUCUGCUUUCUUUUGCUCUCCUUCAUCUUCACACCCAGGUAUUUCAGAUAGGGGCAUCUCAGAUGAACAUGCGUGGUUUUCUGUUUGAGAGUGUUGGGGUUCUAACUUUAUUGCAGCUUUAAAUGUACCACCUCUUUUUAUUUUUCAAAGCAGAAAGAAGCUGGUAACUAAUGACCUUAAGAACAUAAUAAUUGUAUAUAAUAUACGUAGGCCAUGUUUCCAUUUAAAUAUGACAUGGUAGGUCUUGUUAACAUCCUGAGUAUGUAGUGAUUUAGUUCUAUCCAACCAAAUAUACUAUCCAAAUAGUACUCUCCAGUCUAUCUACACAUUGUUAAAUCUGUUUUUAAAUAGGUGGUACAUUUUUCUCAGCUGUUAAGGAUUAUGCAUAACCCUCAUUGACCUUCAGUUAGCUUCCAUAAACACUCAUCAGUGAUAUCUGUAACACUUUAGCUUAUAGUCACAUGGCUAUAUCUUCUAUAUUUCAUCAUUUAAAAACUUUAUUCAUCUGAAGUACAAAGGGACUUGAGCUAAUGAUAAAACUGAUGUUUUACACAAAACAAAUAACAAGGUUGUAUUCAUGUACACUCUGUAUGUAUUGCAAAAAAAAUUGAAAUAUUUGUCACAUGAAAAUAGUGACUGUAUUCUAAAGUGUUCCAACACAUGUAUACCUGGUUGUGUUGUAUGGGCUCUGGAUCUGACCCUUUGUGUUGUAAUACAUCAGUAUCCCACGUCUCUCUUCAAUUGGCCUAUUUCAACUCUCUAGCAUCCAUCCAAUAAGGAUUACUAAAAUGACAAACACUUUGACAAUAUUUGCCUUUGUUUUUUUCCCAAUAUUAUUAUUAUUUUGUCUUAUUGGAUUUCACAUUGGACAUUGAGAAUCACCUGCAUAGUUUUAAAAUCUACCUUUCAUAUUUGAAUAGUUCAUAGGUAUGUGUGUAUAUGUAUAUAACUGUACUGCUAGCAUCAAAACCAUUAACAGACUCUUCCAUACAUGCCAUGCCUCAUAUGAGGACACAAUCCCAUAUAAUCCAUGGUAUUCGGGAAAUAAUUCCACUAAAUUGAAGUAGUAGCACAGUAAUUGCAGAUGCUUUAUGUUUUAGCUUUCAUAUUGCAAUAUAUUUUCCAUUUUCAGGGGAAGGACUAGAUAUGGAUGACAUGUCAUUUCAACCCCUAAAUUGCUUUUAUAUUUUUGCCAAAACAACUUCUUCUCCCCUGCUGGACUUGCACAAUGCAGCACACACCAUUAAGUCAGGUGGUUUCUGUGUUGGGUUUUAAUAUUUCUUUAUUUAUAUUUAUUGAUUUGGUAACACUGUCUUUGAGUCACAUGUAGUAAUGCAUUAUGAAGCCUCAUAAAGGCUAUUUAAGGAGUUAUGAGCUGUUAUGAAUGCUUAUAAAAAAUAUAUGUUUUAUUAAACCUAUAUUUAACCAGGAAAAGCCCAUUAUUAUAGUCCAUUAUGGGUGUGAAAGAAGGCUCUAUGAAUGCAUUAUAUAGACACAGGUGGUUAAUCGUGUUGCCAUGGAUUCUUUGUUUUUGUCACAGUUUGGCUAUCCUAAGUAAGACGGCACUGUAGAAUGCACAACCUGUAGCGUAACAACAUGUGGACUCGCAAAAUACACUCUUUGUUCCUGUUCUGGUGAUAUGAUGUACGUAGACCAUAGAAAUACAAUGACUAUAAUAGUCACUCUAUAGCCAUUAUAUUUCUAUGCGUAUAAUCAACUCUUCUGUCAUACAUGGGGGAAAAAAUGAAACAUGUCCACAUUGAAAAGACUUGAACCUGGAUUUUAAAGUAAAAAUGUUAAUAUUUUAUUAUUGGGUAAUGGUAUAUUUCUUUACAAUUUCAUUUCUCGGGCCAUCUUUUUGUUGUGUUUUUUUGUUGCUUGCCUCACCAGACGACCUUACCUGUUAAUGGAUUUUUCUCAUUUGUCUCUGUUUACAACCAUGUAUUUAUUAAGCUGUACAUAUUGUAGUGUUGCAUUCUGUAAAUGACGGAUUCUUACUCUAUCAUCCGAUGGUGUUGGUGUAUUUGGAAAACCUCUUGUUGAGAGAAUGUUUAUUAUGAUCCAUACUUACCCAAUGUAUAAAUCUCUUCUGUACAAAAAUGAUAAAAGUGAAUGAAAUUAAAUGAAACGUCACCUCA